UACCAUAAAACGCAUUUAUGCGCUGCAAUUUCUGUUAACGCAAUUUUGAGUUUCUGCUGAGGGCUACACGUUUUUUUAAUAAACAAUUGUUUGCUAGCGUUUCUGGCAAAAGAACAUAAUGUCGUCGUGGAAAAAGGCAUCGAAGAGCAAUCAAAAGGUGCAUCGCGAGCGCCACCAGCCUGAGGCCCGCCAGCAUCUCGGCCUGCUCGAGAAGAAAAAGGACUACAAGAAGCGUUCAAAUGAUGCCCACCGCAAGGAGAAAACAUUGAAGUUGCUCCACAAGAGGGCAUUAAACAAGAAUCCGGAUGAGUUCUACCAUCACAUGAUCAACUCCAAGCUCACAGACGAUGUGCACCAUGAAAAAGAGGAAAAGGACGAACAUACGUCCGAACAACUAGCGCUCAUGCAGACCCAGGAUCUCAAGUACGUCAUAAUGAAAGUCACCGUGGAACGCCGCAAGCUGGAGCGGCUACGCGCCACGCUCGUUGAUGUGGACGGCAAAGCUAACCAGAACAUGCACUAUACCUUCAAUGAGCAGGGUGACCCACAGCCAGCGACAGCCGCCACGCUUGGAGAGCGCCUGGAGGCAAGCGAAAGCGCAGACACGGCCACCAGAACCCACAGACAACAGCUAUUGAGUGAGUUAAAGAAGCGCGAGCAGCGCGUACGCGAACUAACCAUUGUCCAAGAGAAACUGGAAAUGAAGCACGCCCUCAAACGGCCACGCCUACUUAAGCCCAAAAAAGAGAAGCGCGGCACCAAGGACAGCGCGCCCGUCUAUAAGUUUAAAUAUGAGCGCAAGAAGUAGAGUACUCAAGUUAGGCCAUAAAUAUAUCGUUUUCUAGAG